ACGCUUGUCCGUACUGCCAUUUUUAAAAGCUAGAUCGGGUCCGCGGCGUCCGUUCCCUCACGUUUUAGUUUCAAUCUGCAGUGGUGCCGGCGCCGGUGAAGCAGCAGCGUCAAAAAUGGUGAAGGAUCGCAAAUUUGGAGUGGCUCUCGAUUUCUCCAACAGCAGCAAAAAUGCUCUGCGAUGGGCCAUCGAUAACUUGGCCGACAAAGGCGACACUCUCUUCGUCAUCUACGUAAACCCCAACUCGCUCGAUGAAUCUGCCCAUCAGCUCUGGGCUGAAUCCGGCUCUCCUCUGAUUCCGUUGUCCGAAUUCCGAGAGCCGGAUGUACUGAGGAAAUACGAUGUCAAAAUCGACAUCGAAGCCCUAGAUAUUCUCGAUACUGGCGCUAGACAGAAAGAGAUUAAUGUUGUGGCGAAGCUGUACUGGGGAGAUGCGAGGGAGAAGAUUAUCGAUGCGAUCGAAGAUCUGAAGCUGGAAUCUCUGGUAAUGGGAAGCAGAGGACUGAGUACCAUCCGAAGGAUUCUGCUUGGGAGUGUCAGCAAUUACGUGAUUACUCAUGCUCCUUGUCCUGUGACAGUCGUCAAGGAAGCAAACUUUCAGAGUCAUUAAGGCGAGAAAUCGGUGAAUGGGGCUUUGUUUGAUCGUGUUACUUAAACUAUCUUUAUGCUUAAACUUAUGAAGUUUUAGAAAAUGGUGUUUAAUUUGUGUCCUUGUUGAACCUUGAUAAUUUCCCUGUUUUCAGGCAAUAAAAUAUAUAAGAGUUUGUAUUUCAUCUUCGUCUUGAAAAUAAGUUGAAACCACCGCAGGGAUUGUGGCUCAA